CAAAUUCAAAUGUUGUAGGUCUCCUUCUUCCCUCACACACACACACACACACACACCGCUUCAGGGCUCAACAAUGGCGAAUAACAACUCCACAACCACCAGCGACAAAUUCUUCUCCUCAUUAAUUUCCGACAUCAAAACCUACACUGGCCCAGAUCCUCUUCUCCCAUGGCUCGGUGGAAUCAAGCAGAUGACAACUUCAUUACCCCCUCAGCUACUCAAACAGAAACUCCCUCGCUUUCUCCAAAAAUGCGUCCAAACUUUCCAAACAGAUCUCCGUUACCGCAAUGAUAUUCGAUACCUUCGCGUUUGGAUGAAACUGUUGGAUUUUGUUGAUGAUCCUGGGGCUGUUCUGGAGCAUAUGAAGGAGAGUCAUAUUGGGAACAAACGGUCACUGUUUUACCAGGCUUAUGCUCUUUAUUAUGAGAAGAUUAAGAAGUUUGCUGAGGCUGAGAACAUGUACCAUUUAGGGGUCCAAAAUCUUGCAGAGCCAGCAGACGAGCUUCAAAAAUCAUUUGAUCAGUUUCUUCUUAGAUUGGAGAAGUACAAAAACAAAAGGACUCAGCGGUGUGAAGGGCGAAGUACUGGAAAUCCUUCAGUGAAAAGCUUACUGAAGGAUAAGGUACCUUCAACGUACCUUAAACCGCUAAAGGUAGAGGACGAAAAAGUAAUUUCACAAAGCAGUGGAGGUAAACUAGAUGAACCUGCUGGUGAAAACACGGUUGUGGUCAGAUUUACAAAGACUGCCAUUGUUGGAAAAUCCAAAGCUGAAGAUGCACGCCAUCACGGGCUCGUGGAGCCCACUAUCAACACUAAAGAAGCCAUGGAUGCGAUAAACAGCAUGUUUCGGGCUCCUUUAGGCCCAGAACCGUUUCAAAAACACAAUUCGAACAAAACCAAAGCAAAUGACUUCAUGGUGUUUAACGAUAAUGACUCAGAUGGCAGGGUUGACCCGUCAAACGAAAAUCGAAAGUUCGAUUCCAAUAAAAGCAAAGCAAAUGAUUUCGUGGUGUUUAACGAUAAUGACUCAGAUGGCAGGGUUGACCCAUCAAACGAAAAUCGAAAGUUCGAUUCAAAUAAAAGCAAAGCAAAUGAUUUCGUGGUGUUUAACGAUAAUGACUCGGAUGGCAGGGUUGACCCGUCAAAUAAAAACCAACCCGUGGAGGAACCGUUUCAGAUAUACUGUGAUGGCGAUGAUGAUGAUGAAGAGGAGAAUAAGGAUCGUAAGAAAGAGAACUUUGACCACAAAACGGGUUCGAAUAUUACAAAAGGGACGUUUGGUUUUCAACAUCCUAAGGAUGUUUCUCUAGAAUGUUCGAAAGAUUCAGAAUCAGGCAGGGUCUUACCGGCGAAAUUUAGAGAAGAUACAGUUGUGUAUCGGUUUGUAGGGUCCACCAUAUCAGACGAGCCGAAGGUGGAAAACGUGUGCCACCAUGGUUUAGUGGAACCCACUGUAAACUUAAAGGAGGCUAUGGAUGACAUUAACAGCAUGUUUGGAAAACCGAUAGAGUUUGUAAGGAAAAGAAGACCGAGAAAGCAGGAGAAACCGUUUGAGGAGAAACAAAACUGCAGUUCGUUUUUGAUACUUCCGGAUGAUGAAAGCGAUCAUGUUCAAGAAAAGAUUUGCAAACCGAGUAGUUCGUCUUCGAGAAACGAUAACGAUUUGUUUGAGCAAACCGUUUGCACAAAGGCGGCCAUGGAUGAUAUAAAUAAGAUGUUUGCAAUGCCAUUGGACUUCUAAAGAUCUGUUUCAUAACACUAACUUUGGCAGCUGGGAUUGGCUCAGCAUCGGUGAGAGACCAUGAUCCGAAGUAUUUACAACUCUGGCAAUAAACUUUUCCUUCCACCACAACGGUGGCGGUUUUGUCUUGUUUAGCGGGCCUUUCAUGGGCCGUGGCGGUGGCAGCCGCCGCUAGGAAGACUAGUGGGAGGAGGAUGGAGAUGACUGUGAUGAAUUGAUUGUUUGCCAUUUUUGUUAUUAGUGUUUUUGGAUACUUGAAGACAAUGAAAGUUGUUUGUGGGAUGAACAAUGUUGGGGUUUAUAUAGUUUGUUGACAUGA